CAUUCUCUGAGUCGCUCAUUGCAAUUAUCCUAUAAACUUAACAUUCAGUAAAGCAAAACGAAUGAAUGUCUUUGAGUAGCGUAUACGAAAUGGAUAUAAGUGCAACCUUCAAGAGGGGAAGUAUACAGGUGCAAAAAGCAGCAGCAAAAGUUGUUAAUAGUCAAUUCGGAUCAACACAAAUACUGAUAAUUUUCAUCGUUUGUGGAUUUGUUUUGUGCGGAAUUGUCGAACAAAGCGCUUCUGUAGCCUUGAGAGCAAACAGAACUGCCAGUUACUCUGCUGAAGAAUUCGCCGAAUAUGUUGAAAAUACCAGCUAUAUCACCAGAUACUGUCAGACACCCACCAAUAGGAGCGAGACCCACAUCGUACGGUCUAUACCACAUAUUGAGAUUCCGAUGUCGAGAACUGAUGAAACAGAGGCUGUUCUACGAGAAGCCUUUAUGUGGGGAACCUUAAUUUCUCCUUUAGCGGCUAGCAGGAUUGCAGCCCGAGUUGGGGCGGAAAGACUGUUUGGGGUCGGAGUUUUAGGGGCAGGGGUAAUAGCCGUCAUGGUUCCAGCAUCUUGGCUCACACCCUGUCAUGUCAUCAUACGCAUCAUACAAGGAAUUUUCAUGGGUGCUAUAUGGCCAGCUGCACAUAUGAUUGCUGUCACAUGGAUAAAACCCAAAAAUGUGAGUGCCUUCGUCUGCCUCUACUCAGCCGUCAAUUUGGGUUAUGCCAUUGUAGGUAUCCUUGGGACUAUCCUUGUCCAUUCAUUUGGAAGAGAUUGGCUCAGCUACGUCAUAUCGGGAAUGGCAUUCUUCUGGUAUUUCCUUUGGUGGAGAUUUGUCGAGGAAUCUUUGCAAUACAAUCACCCAAAAAGAGACGAACAUCGGCAUCUACCUUGGCGCAGAUUGUUGAUGUCGAAGCCAGCAUGGGCUUGUGGCAUCGCCGUUAUAGGGAGUCAGUGGGCGGAUGCAACUUUGAUGUUAGGAGUGACCAAAUAUUUGAAAUUAGUGUACGGAUUUUCAACUGGAUAUGAUGAUGUGCUUCAAUAUUUGCCACAUAUUGGUCACUUCUUCUCUGCGAUUACCUUCGGAAUUGUUAUCGACCAUAUAAGAACGUCUGCUAUAGUAUCAACAACGACAUCGAGAAAGCUUGUGGUUUAUUUCUCUCAUUUCCCUCCUGCUGCUUUUCUCUUUGUUUUGGGAUAUACCGGUUGUGACCCAGCAGCGCCAGCAGCCCUAUAUACAGCAGCUCUUGCGAUGACAGGUGCAACACCUGCUGGAGCCUACUCCAGUGCGGCUGACAUUGCGCCGAAUUUUGCUGGUACCGUAUUUGGUCUUUGCCAAACUGUUGGAGCAGCUGGAUUAUUAGCAGCUAAUUACACUGUUUCGGAGGGUUUACAUGGCUCAUUUGCAGGUUGGUGGAGGUUGGUUUUUGGAGUUUCAUCUGCCGUUUUAUUGACAACUGCAGCUUUCUUCAUGGCUUUUGGAAGUGGUUCUGUUCAAGAUUGGAAUGCACCAGGUGACAUUCAAUCUGAAAUGGAAGCUGUCGAGGAACCUUCAAGAUUAGAUUCAGUGUUAGAAUGAGCUUUUGAGGCAUCCAUUUUCAACUCUAAAUUCUAUUGUCAUUGUACGUUGAGAAUGAUGGAUUCAUGAUGUUAUGAUCGUUGAAUAAUGAUAAUUGACAAUAAUCCAAUGGAACAUUGAAAAUGGGCAAUAAAAUUUGGAAUUCCAAUUCAGUUACUAGAUAAAAAAAUAUCUCGAUAUUUUCUUAAGGAAGAAAAAUGCAUAGGCGAAAAACUGAUUGAAUUGUUCAUCUCUUUUCCUCACUAUCACCCAGCAAUGUAUAAUAUGUAUGAAAAAUAAAAUAAUAAAACGUUUAUCACAUCAUUCAACAUUCGAAAAUAUUUUUGAAAUUCUUCAUCCAGCUUGUAACUUAUGAUUUCUGUUCAAGAAUGGAAACUUCAAACGUAAUUACACCAUGUACAAUGUCGCAAUGCAGCAAACGGUAGAACAUUUAAAAAACAAUUAAUGCAUUGCUGCUAAGUCGUUGGGUCUUCCUCUUUGUCGCACAAUUCUCCCAGCUGAAAAUUAACAAAUUACGAAAUCACUUAAGAAAUAAACUCAUGCAUAUUCA